AAAACAUAUUAUACAUCAAAUCAGGAAAAACAUAUUCAUUUGUUUUCCACUUUCGGUUUACUCUCUUCUGCCACUUAAGGCGUCCAACUUUCCCCUAUUUAUGCAACAAAUCUGCACUUCUUUCCGGAGUAAAAGAUAUCAUUUGGACUCAUAAACAACGCAACAUGUUUCAUUGCGGAGUGAUUUUUCUUUUCUCCAUUUUGCUGGUCAAAGGUGACGCUGCAAAAGCACCUUUUUCAGUUGAAAUCCAAAAUAUUUCCUGUGCAGUUCAGGAUCCCACUUGGAUGCUUCAACUCGACUGUAUAAUGCAUAAAAAGCGCAUGUAUCCACAAAUUUCUAUGCACCUUAAGCUAGCUCAGCCAGUGAAUGAAUUGAACAUGCUCUAUCAUCUGCAAAUUAUCAAAAAGGAUGAUUCUAAAAUGACUGUUGCACGUCUUAAGCUCGAUGGCUGCAAACUUCUUGCUUCAUUUUACAGCAACAGUGUGCUUGGAAAGUUCUUCAAGCGCAUUCAAAGUGUCAGCAAUCUGCCCAAGAAAUGUCCACUUCCUGCAAAUAACCUUCUUUGGAUACGCAAUUAUACAGCAUUGCCUGAAGAGUAUCCUCCAUUUGUUCCCGCCGCCACAUUUGUUAUGAGUCUCAAGAUGGAACGACGGGGAACAAUCAUUGCCGAAAUUAUUAAUAUAUUCUCCAUUAUUUAUUAAAUAAUCGUAAAUUCAAUGCUUUUGCUUAAAAUACUUACAAUUAAAGUAACUA